ACUUAAAAAAUAAAUCUAACGAUAACUGUUCACCGUUUUCUUCCCGCAAAAUUUCCAUCACCGGAAAACAUAAGAAAUGGCGUUCUUCACCGCGCAAUUCAACCGCUUAAGUUUUCUCUCUCCUCCAUUGGAAUUGACCCCCAGAGAGAAGGCUAGAUAUGUCAUGCUAUUCACUUACCCGAGUCACACGAACCGGUGGCUCGGUAUCAACGCUGAGUCGGCUCACACCGAGUUCUCCGGCGCCGAGAACGCAUACGAGGUUCUCGGAGUUCCAGAGAAUAGCUCGUUUGAGGAGAUCAAGGAUUCUUUUAGGAAGCUGGCUAAAGAAACGCACCCGGACCUCGUUUCUUCCUCUGAUAGCGAUGCAGCUGAUUCGAAACGUUUCGUUCAAAUUCUCGCUGCUUAUGAGAUUCUGUCAGAGCCCACUAAGAGAGCCCUUUAUGAUCAGUAUCUGCUGACCACAAGACACAUUGCGCAGAAACAUUCAAGAGAAGAUUCGAGUUAUCACAUGUAUGCCUCAUAUGUGACCACUACAAAGCAAAUGGAGGUCGUCGAAUGGUUAAAGUGGUAUAGAUAUGCUGUGAAAGAUAUAUUAUCAGAGAGAAGUUUGCCGGCUGGUACGGGUUAUUUUGAUGUGCUUCAAAGAGAAUUUUAUUCAGCUAUACAUUCAGCAUAUUUUGGUCCUGAAAUUCUAUCUUUGGACCUUCUUCCUGACCGUUUUGAAGCUGAGGAGAGGUCUGUAUGUGAAACACCUGAGGUGCUACACUUGGUUUCAGGGCGUGAUCUUUUUGGAAUUGUUCGCAUUGCUGAUGGUGUUCCUGAAUUAUCUGAUGUUUCUUAUAGAAAACUGACUACUUCAUGUAUUGAUCUAGAGUUGUGUCAACCUUCUGAAUAUUUGGGCUGUCAAACAGAUUUUGCCAACAAAGAAGCUACUGACGAAUUGUCCCAAAUCCAUAUGAAAGGAAUCAAAAGUCAUGAUUUUGAUGCAUACAAGAACUUGGAGUUGCAUGUGUGUGGGAGGUUAGUUGCUAUGGCAACUAGAGUCCCUCCAAAAGACUCUUCUGGUGCAAAAGAUUUUUCUUGCGAGGGUGACGAGGACAGUUCCCAAGAUAAGAUACAUGUUUUUCUUAGUCCACACGAGGAACUAGUGCAUGUCAACCGUUGUCAGUCGAAUCGAAGCACCUUGCAUGAUUCAGUUUCAAAGGUCCUCUUGGGCACAAUAACUGGGCUAGGGACUAAUCCUGAUGAGAGCUCCUGUUAUGUAUACAAUAGUGGUGGUUUAAAAACUCAUGCGAUUCUCAAGCACAGGACACCACUGGUGAAACACAUGCACUGGUUUCAGUUGGGGGAUGAAGUUUCUAUUUGUGAGUGUAGAUGCACCAGGGCCCGGUUGCCACCUAGCAAGUUUUGGCUGUUCGAGCCACGCUGUAGCAUGCAUGAUAUUGGUGGUUGGUAUGUGGAAACUUAUGGCCGGGAUAGGCAAAGAAAAAAUGUUCCAUCACAAAGAUAUUGGGAUGGCUUUAACGCUCAUCCAGAAUUUGAAGAGAGACUGCACCCUGCAGUUUAUUUGCUUGCUCUUGCUUAUAGGACUCUCGAUUUAGAAAAUGCAAGGCUAACUAAGCGAACUUUCUGGGAUAUUGCUGAAGGAAAAUUAUUCAAAAUGUUACAUUGGUGCAAGAAACUUGUUUAGGAGGUAGUAGCUAUUAAGUUACUUGGCUGCAGUCUUUUUUCUCUACAUCAAAUAUGUCCUUGGGUCCUCGUGAUGUUCGGUGGCUCUUGAGGGGCUCGCUCAUAUUAAGUUUUUGGAGGUUGCUCUGUUCAUGGCUCUAAGAUCUUAUCUGAAGAUCAACAGUCGUACGACUGCUCCAGUGUUCCUAAAUUGAAGAGAUGCUUGAAUUUAGUUUAGCUCUCCAGGCCCUCUGCUGGUUUCAGUAAGUGCUCCUUGGCAGGUGAGUAUUUGCGCUUGUAGGUUUUUUGGUUAUAUUUUCUGUCUAUCAUGAAUACCAAGCUACAUAAAAGGCAGGACUUAGCUUGAAUAUGAGCAACUGGUUGUUUAAAUGCUAUCUAAGUGUUUUAAAUGAGCAACUGGUCCUGUAUGUAGGCGAAUCAAUCAAAAUCAGUAAUUAUUUUUUAAAAUGUCUGCUAUCCCUUUAAAGCUGCAUUAUGCUCAGAGAUACUCUUCUGUUCUUCCUUGUGUAUUUUAGAUACAUAAGUCCUGUUUUGGGAGAUGCUCUUUCAUGCAGAUACUUCAUUCCACACACCCUUAUAAUCUGAGAUACCGAAACGAAAUGUAGUGUACAAAUCCUAUAUAGACAUGAUCAUUUAUAAUCUAAAAUUAACAAAGACAGUGUAGUUCGACACUCUAUCUUAGUAGAUCCUCCCAUUUGCAAUAUUGCCCACCUGCUAAUGCUCGGUAAUACCUAUCUCUACAGUAUACUGGCCUCCCAUCAGCUGCCUCUGCGGCAGCUGCUGCCAGGUCGUCAUCUUCCUUUACCUCCAGUGGCAAACUCAGCAACUCCUCUCUGUGGGAUAAAAUUCAAGUAAAAGGUAAUUAGAUUGACAGGGUGCCUAUAUAAUUAUGUUGUAGUCUUAUAGAACUUCACGCUAUUUUUUUUGUACCUUCUAUUAAAUUUUGAAUUGACAUUUGUGGUUGGAGCAUUAAGAAAUAUAUCUUUUCUAGUGAAAGUGGCCUGGAAAUAAUUCUGUACUGGUGCGGCAAAGAUGAUCAGCAAGACUCCAGAUACAAGCAGCGUUCCAGUUCCAACCAGUGUUUGCUUCAACAUUUUGAUAACUGGUUUCACCUAUAGGAUUGAGCUAGAGCAUACCUUUGAAGGAUUAAAGCUAGCAGCUGCAACUGGCAUCCCUAGAAUUGUAAAGGUUGUUAACCACAGACCUCCGAGCCGCUGGAAAAAGGAAGAUGGACUCAACUCUGCCCAUGAAUACAAGGUUGCUUCCUUCAAAGAUGAGUACUCAUUGACCUGUAUGACAAAUGGAUUGACGAGACUGGAAACACUCUCAAAACUACCAUGCAAGUGUUCAUACAUACCGGGCGCUGCUCAAAUGGAACCUCGAUCUCCAGUCCCGGGUCCCAGCUCUGACUCGGUAACCCACCUUUCGCACCUUCAUUUGGUUCCUUUCUUAGAGCUUUGACAGAAUUAUUUCGUAAGAUUCUCCACUCUUUAUGAUUCUGAUGAAUUAGCCAUGAUCCAUGUGUAAUACCCAAUUUAACCUGUCUGCAUCCAGCAAUUGGAUUACAAUAUACAUGGAGCCUCAGCAUUCUUAAGAAGGCACAACUUCACAAAACCCGGUUUUGCUUCAAUGCUUCAUACAAUUCUUUAUUAAGAAAAACCAAGUUUUGGUAUUAUUUGGAGGGAAGGAAGAAAAGGAGUCUUUCAAGUUAAUUGUUGAGAUUAGAUAUGGAAGAUUGGAAGAUGCUAUAAGCUCAAGACCGUGUAUUAUUUACGUGGAGGAGAACAAUAGUACAAUCAAUAUAAAUGAGGUAAAGAAAAAAAAAAGAUUUUUUUAUGAAUAAUAUGGACCCACAAUUUUGCCUGGUCCUUGCAAUUUGCAAAUUGGAAGUCUAUACUCUGCUGUCCUGCCAAUUACAGGUAAAUUAUCCUAAUUCUCUUGGGACGUUUGUGGUUUAUAUUAAUAUGAAGAGAUUAAGAGAGUAAGCGUGCAGCGUGUCAAUUGCUUGCUUACACGCUUCUUUUCGCGUCUUUCUCAUUUCUUCCACACUCAAGCUUGAGUUGAAACUCUGUAGAUGGUGGCUAAUGGCCAUGGUAGUUUGUAGAAAGUGUGAUUUUUGUUUCUACUGUUUGGCCAUUUAUAUGAAUCUCCUGUUCUAAACUGAAGCUCUACCGUGUUUGGAGUUCAGAUGUCUUUCCGUACUAAACUACUAAUAUAAGGGUUGAAAUACAUUAAGCUCGAUUUUCCUGUGAAUGUACAUGUUUGAUGGACAAUGUAUAAAUAUUACUUCCGUCGUU